AUGGCUCUUCUAGCGUCCUGGAUGGCAUGUGCUGGCCUCAUUACUACCAAAAGACCUAGAACAUGCCCCGUCUCAAUGUUGGCCUUCUUCGUGGCAGCAUUUUCUGUCGAGACUGCAUUUAUCAUUAACCGUGAUACCUAUGCGGUCUCCAACUUAUUUGCUUAUUACGUCGCUGCUGGCACAGCUUUAGUGGCCUGCACGACCAUCCUCGCAAUGCCUUUUCGGAAACCAUCGCUACCUUGGAUGGGUAUUGGUGUCGUGGGCCAUCCGCCGUCUAGUGACUACCGCAGUCCGGAGGACAACUUGCGGCUAUGGCAGUUCCUCAGCGUAUCCUGGAUGGCCCCGCUCAUGUCCAUAGGAAAGAAGAGGCAAUUAAAUGAAGACGAUGUAUGGUUCCUGGGGUUUGAGUUUCAGCAUCGCAGGCUGCACGACAAAUUUCGCCAACUCAAGGGAUCUGUUAUUGCGCGGUUACUCCGAGCCAAUGGCAUCGACGUCGCAAUUAUCACCACGAUCUCCAUUGUGCAAAUGCUCUGCGUUCUGCGGCUGGUUGCCGCGCAGUCACAAGUUUUGAAUAUUUGGUACGGCAGACGAUGCUAUGAAAGAAGCAGGGGUGAGAUGAUCAUGAUGGUCUAUGAAAAGGCAUUGUCUCGGAAGAAUGUCUUUGACCAGCAGAUACAAGCCAAAGUAGCAAGCACGGAAGAUGAGACUGACGACGUUGAUAAUAUCGAUAACGCACCUAAACGCAAAGGAAGGAAAUGGUGUGGUCUGUUUUCUCGACGAUCUCAAAAUCGUGAAGGCAAGCCAAAGACAACUGCUUCAAUGGGCAAGAUAUUCAACUUGCUCCGCGGCGAUGUCUACGAAGUGGCCCAACGAUUUUGGGAAGUUGAUACUCUGGUGGAUAAGCCUGUUGGUCUUGUGAUUGCCAUUACACUCGUGUGGAAAUUGCUUGGGCCGUCAUGUUUCUUGGGUAUCCUGGCUAUUCUGAUCGCUCAGGUGAUCAAUGCCUUCAUUACCCGUACUCUUCUGCGAUGGGAAAGAGUGCGCCGAGUCGCUACAGAUGCUAGAUUGCAGAUAUCCUCCCAGUUCGUGGAGGCGCUCCGCCACCUUCGCUGGUACGGAUGGCAGAAUCACUGGCUGCGACAGGUUAUGGAUGCCAGGCAAUCGGAGCUGAACCUCCGUAUUGUCACCAGCCUGUGGAAUGUGUUGAUCCGCUUCGUCAAUGCUUUUGCAAGCGGUGUAUUCCCGGUUGUUGCUUUGUACGCCUAUACUCUGUUGGCUGGCCACACCCUCAGCAUUGACAUUAUCUUCCCCGCUCUUCAACUCUUCACGAUGCUCGAGACCCGUCUGAGAGAUAUUCCCGGUCUUAUCACUGUUCUCAUUAACGCCUCCAUUGCCAUGGAAAGAAUAGAGGACUUUAUGGCCGAGCCAGAUAAGGAGAAAAGGGUCGGGGUCACGGAAGCUAAUUCCGAUAUCCUAUUGGACUCAUGUUCAUUUGCCUGGCCUGGGAAGCAGUCGCCCGUGCUUUCUGAUAUCAACGUUAGGAUAUCAACUGGCCUCACCGUUGUGUGCGGCAAAGUUGGUGCUGGUAAAACCGCACUUCUACAAGCUUUACUAGGCGAACUGGACCGGUUGACGGGGACUGCCUAUGUACCAAACGACAUGGUAGGAUACUGUGCGCAGACUCCAUGGUUACAAAGCAUGAGCAUUCGUGACAAUAUCUUGUUCUCGGCUCCGUACGAUGAACAGCGAUACAAGAGGGUCCUGGAUGCCUGUGCGUUGAUUCCAGAUCUGGCCAACUUUAAGCAUGGCGAUUUGUCGUUCGUGGGUGAGAAUGGCAUCGGCCUCUCUGGCGGACAAAAAUCUCGGGUGGCUCUGGCACGCGCGGUCUAUAGUACUUCCAGGAUCUUGCUGCUUGAUGACCCCCUGUCUGCUCUGGACCAUAACACGGCCGAGAGUAUAGUCAAAAAGUGCUUUAUGGGUCCGCUGAUGCAAAAUCGCGUCGUCGUUCUCGUUACGCACCGCACGACGCUAGUACGUCACGUUGCUGAUCAGAUCAUCCACAUUCAACAUGGAAGGGCCGUGAUUGAAGGAAGGAAUGUCAUUCCUAACCUUGAUUCCGAGCAAGCCGAAACGGCGCGAGAUGAGACAACAGAUGAUGACACCCAGGACGAGGUACCAUCUGAUGACGACACCGCUGCAGUCCCAGCGAAGUUCAUCGAAGACGAACACAGAGCAGAAUGGGGAGUCAAGGCUAGGGUCUAUUGGAGCUAUAUCAAGGCCGGGAAAUAUAGAUGGUGGAUUACCCUGGUCGUCGUGCUGGCCGUCUACAGACUUGCAUCCGUGGCUCAGUCUUGGUUUCUCAAAGAAUGGGGAGAGGCCUACAACCAUAUACUCCUCUUUCUGGGUUACACACCGUCAAACAAAAAGUCAUUCUCCGGGGAAUCGCUGGUUCAUCCGGCAGUGGCUAGUCUACUUCGCUGGACGCCUCAGGACCCUCUCGGUCAACUCCCACCACCGAUUGAGAACGUGAAACCAUGGCUGCUGGCUUUCUUCGCAAUUACCACAUUCCAGUCUGUCAUGCUCCUAUUCGCCCAGCUCUUGAUGCUUGUUAUAGUCUACUGCGCUGGCAAGACUCUCUUCCAUGACGUGAUGGUAGGCGUGAGCCACGCCACCUUCCGCUUUUUCGACGUGACCCCGAUAGGACGACUAAUGAACAGACUGACUUCUGAUAUCGGGGUGGUGGACGGCAACAUCAGCGAGCAAUUUCAGAUCAUCGCGUUCCAGGCAAUAACCUGGGUCUCGUCAAUCCUGGUGAUAGCCUCAGUGACACCCACUUUCCUCGGAUUCACCUUUAUCCUCACUGCAGCGUUCAUAAUCACAUUCCUCCGGUUCCUCCCCACGUCGCAAAGCCUACGAAGACUGGAAAUGGUUUCACUCAGUCCGCUGAUAUCUAACUUUGGAGAACUCCUCCAUGGCCUUACAACCGUCCGUGCAUUCCAUGCAGAGACCCGCUUCCAAAACCGAGUCAUCCACGUAGUGGACAAGUUCCAGGGCAUGGACCACUUCUACUGGUCUCUCCAGAGCUGGCUGAUGUACCGCUUCGAAGGUCUCUCCGCCAUAUCCACCUUCUGCCUGACAGUCCUCGCCCUGUAUACGAACGUCUCUCCGGGUCUCGCGGCGUUCGUCCUCAUAGCAGCGAACAACUUCGUCGCGUCCACACACGCUCUAUGCAAGCAAUACGGUCAGCUCCAGAUGGAUUUCGUCUCCGUGGAGCGCGUCGACGAGCUCCUCCACGUGGAGCAGGAGUCGCCGGGGACGAUCGAACCCCCUGCAUCGUGGCCACGCUUCGGCCGCGACAUUGUGUUUGAAGAUGCAACUAUCCGCUACGCUCCUCACCUCGACCCAUCUCUCAGUCACGUCUCCCUUCGUAUCCCCGGUGGGUCCACGACGGCAGUUAUAGGCCGCACGGGAAGCGGGAAGUCCACCCUGGCCGUGUCGCUUCUCAGCGUGAUCCGUCCCGAAUCCGGCCGCAUCCUCGUAGACGACAUCGACAUCGCGCAGGUUAGCACACAAGCGCUUCGCACGAGGGUAACCUUCGUCGCGCAGGACCCCGUUCUCUUCCCCGGCAGUAUCCGGCUGAACCUGGAUCCCACCGGUGAAUACACAGACGAAGAAUGUGCCGACGUGCUGAAACGCAUUUGUAGUCGACAUGGCUGGACCUUGGAGACGCAUGUCGAGGCCGGCGGGCGCAACCUCAGUCAGGGCGAGCGACAGCUGAUCGGUCUGUCGCGGGCGGUGCUGCGUCGCAGUUCGAUUGUUAUCCUUGAUGAGGCGACUGCGUCGAUCGAUCAUGAGAGCUCUCUCGAGAUCCAGCAGAUUCUCCGCGAGGAGAUGAAGGAGUCGACUGUCAUUACGAUCGCGCAUCGUCUGGAGGCUAUCAAAGAUGCGGAUUAUUAUGUUGUGCUGGACCAGGGGAGGGUCUCGGAGCAGGGCUAUGUGCAGGAUAAGGGAAGUGUUUAG